AUGCCCGUGAACACAGUCUUGGCCCCCCCUGGUGGACCUCACAAUGGCCAGCCAUCGCCUCCUGGUAACAUGCGUACGCCGGUGCCGCGGUAUCCUCCGGGACAAGGAAACGCGGUAGGGCCGCAGCAAGUUGAGCAACACUAUGGGGUGAGCAACGCGUUCCCCGCUAAAGGUCCUCCUAAAAACCAGAAUCUGACCGGAAGUGCGAGCGCCAGCGCGGGGAGUGGUGAUAGUGGAGCCAGUGCAAAUAUUGAUUCCGAACCCUCGUCUCACAGCAGUCAGGUCAGCCUCGGCGGCCAGGGGGUCGCGGCGCCCGUUCGCUAA